GUGUCUCAUUGAUCAUGUGGAAAGGUCUGUACACAGCAGAGAAGGCCAUUAUCCAGUGGACCCUGCUGAUGGAGGCCUGCCUCUUGUCUGUCCAGUUCCUGGUGACCUGCAUCACCCUGGUGGACCUGGGUCUGAUGUCAAACUCUGCCAUCCUCCUCCUCCUCAGUGAAGUCCUCUUCCUCAUCAUCACACUCCUCUACUACUACCACCUGGGUCGCAGGACCAAGAAGACCCAGAACCAUACACAUAGUUCUGAUUAG